AAGAUGGAGACUGAAAAUCACACGAUGGUAACCGAGUUCAUUAUUUUGGGAUUAACAGAGGAUCCUGUGCUUUGUUCCACCUUCUUUGUAGUUUUUCUAGGAAUCUAUGUUACUACCCUAUGGGGCAAUCUCAGCAUAAUCAUGUUAAUCCGAAGAAGUCCUCAGCUUCACACCCCAAUGUAUCUUUUCCUCAGCCAUCUGGCCUUUGUGGACAUGGGGUAUUCCACAUCAGUCACACCUGUGAUGAUUGUGAGUUUCCUGCGAAAGAGAACUGCUAUCCCUGUUGCUGGCUGCAUAGCUCAGCUUGGCUCUGAUGUUGUCUUUGGGACAGCUGAGUGCUUCCUGUUGGCUUCCAUGGCCUAUGAUCACUAUGUGGCCAUUUGCUCACCCCUGCUCUACUCUACCCUCAUGUCCUCCAGGGUCUGCACCAUCUUAUUAGUUAUUUCCUAUCUGGGUGGGGGAAUGAAUGCUUCAUCAUUCACCUGCUGUUUAUUGAGCCUGACUUUCUGUGGAUCAAAUGAAAUCAACCAUUUCUUCUGUGACCUCCUGCCCCUAGUAAAGCUUUCUUGUACCCACGUUUACAUUGCUGAAAUAUCUCCUGCAAUCUCUGCUGGGUCAAUCAUUGUAGUCACAUUGUUCAUCAUCAUUGUGUCAUACGUCUACAUCCUCCAUGCAAUCAUGAAGAUGCGCUCUAGUGACGGAAGGCACAAAGCCUUCUCUACGUGCACCUCCCACGUCACUGCAGUGACUUUGUUCUAUGGGACAGUUACAUUUGUUUAUGUUAUACCAAAGUCCAGCCAUUCACCUGACCAUAUUAAAGUGGUGUCUGUGUUUUACACGGUGGUGAUCCCCAUGCUGAACCCCCUGAUCUACAGUCUGAGGAACAAGGAGAUAAAAGAGGCCAUGAAGAAAUUGAUAGCAAGAACACAUUCUCCAUUUUGA